AUGGUCUUCAUCAAGAACUUGGUUGUUCUUGUUCGCUUCUUAGGUGGCAACUCCAGCCACAGCUCCUAAUUAUUAGAUUAAUUCUUUUUGAAGGUGGCUACGGAAAAAUAAAUUCUGUUUAAUUGAGGCGUUCAAAAGGUGGAGUAAAAUUGUUUGGUAAAAUGACGAAUUAUGCUAAUUUUCAAACACAGAUUACCACCAUUAUGGACAUCGUUACAAAGUCAGCGAUGGAAGAAAUUGGCAAACUUUUUAUCGACAGUUCAUCAGUUUUAUGUUUGAAAAUAGCGAGGAGUUUAAAUGAGAAUGAAGCGCUGAAAAAGUGGUUGCAGCAGGACCUGAGGAUCAAGCCACGACAAAAAGAGGAAAUGUCAGGACCGCGUGAGAAUCCUAUCAACACUCGAUCCGUUGGGGUUCAAGUUUUCGUGGAAGAGCAGUACAGAGAGAGACUCAGAGAGAGACAUGAGUACAGCUUCAAUCUGAGAAGAGAUGGAGAACCUGCAGGUGUGGAAGAGUCUGCAAACAAGGAGAAGGUCAGGACUGAACCAGUUCUUUUCAAGCAGGAGAAACUGGAGGAAGGAGUGUGUUACAGUGACCCACAGCCCACACCUGUAGAAGAGGAACAAGUAACACAGCCCACACCUGCAGGACAUAGGAAGAAACCGGACACAGAGCCCACAACUGUAGGAGACCCAGAGGAGCUGAGUGAGCAGCACAGGUGUGGACACAGUGAUGAGGAGCUCAGUGGACUGGAGUUUGUGGGGAAGGCAGAGCAAGAGGAAGAGCAUGUAGCCCAGAGACUCAAUCAGACAGGAUGUGAACACAGUGCAGGAAGACUCAACAAUCUGGGCUCUGAGUAUGUAAUGUAUGAGAGAGACAGUCAGCUGUGGACUUCCUUUACCCAAGAGGACAGUGACAUAGAGACUGAUGAUCCAGUGUGUCUGUCAAUUCACACACAGCUUCAACAUGCUCCUGCCACCAUGGAAGUCUCUGGAAACACACUGUCCUCUUUUGGGGCUUCAUAUGUUGAGGAGUUUGAUCAGAUGGGUGAGAAGCCGUCUGCUUGCAGUGAGGAGCUCAGAUCAGAGGCCAUUCACACACAGCAGGGUCAGUACAGAGAGAGACUUGUGCACACAGUGGAAAGAGAGAAUCAGACAUUACUGCCCCAGCAGCAGCAACAUGGACCCUCAGUAAAACACAUGAGAGGCAGUGAGAGCCCAGCCCAGCCACACUCAGGCUCUCAGUAUGAGACCAGCUCUACUCUGAGUACCACUGUUUUCAUUACAGGGAAGAUGGGCAAGACUAAUGGACAAGAUGACUUUGGAAAAAAACCAUUCAUUUGCACAUUUUGUGGGAAAAGUUUUAAUCGAUAUAGUCAGCUCACUUCUCAUCACCGAAUUCACACACAAGAGAAACCGUACAGCUGCACACAGUGUGGGAAGUGUUUCAGUCUCAAAGGUAAUCUUGUAAAACAUGAGAUGGUUCACAGUGGGGAUAAACCAUUUGGUUGCACACUGUGUGGGAGGAGUUUUGCUCUUGCAGCUAACCUUAGAGCGCACCAGCGAAUUCAUACAGGAGAGAGACCAUAUCACUGCACCCUGUGUGGGAAGAGUUUUGCUCAACAGGCUACUCUUAUUGUGCACCAAAGAAUUCAUACAGGAGAGCGACCAUAUCACUGCACCCUGUGUGGGAAGAGUUUUGCUCAACAGGCUACACUUGUUGUGCACCAGCGGAUUCAUACAGGAGAGAGGCCAUAUCAUUGCACCCUGUGUAGGAAGAGUUUCUCUCAGAAGGGUACUCUUGAUGUGCACAAGAGGAUUCAUGCAGGAGUGCCCCUAUACAGCUAUAGCUAGUGUGAGAAUGCUUAACAAUUAAAUAAACACUCAUUGAAACGGAAUGUAUUCGUAAUCUGUACUGGCACAAUAUUUAAUCUAAAAAGACCAUUUUCUGACAAAUGUCAUGAAAACAUGUGAGUACAUCACACACGAGUGUUUCCCUUCAUGUAGCUUUAAUAAAAUGGAAAUGUUUUAAUAUGAA